UAAAGCAGCGGUCCAGUGUAGGCAUCCGACCCACCGCAGAGUCAACAAGUCGACUGACCUGCCGCGAGUCUCUCAACCCUCUUGCUCCAGCUGUGAUCCGGAGCCAAUGAACUAAGCCAGAAUCCAGGAUACGUGUUGGGGGACCUGACUGGAGGGGUGAAAAAAAACAACCCACGACACUUGUUUCUCGUCUGGUUGUGUAAACCUCCAGUGGGAAGCGGGUAGUGCUCAGUGCUGGAGAGGCUGGUGCGCACAUGGCACAGAAAACGCGCUCCUCGCACUCCCGACUGUCGCGCUAUUGAUAUGGAGCUACACACUGGAUAAUGAGGCCUAUCUUCUGAAUGGGCGCUUGACAUACUUCACCCCAAAAACCGUGUUUAUUAAUUGUUCGCAUCCCAACGUAAAUCUUGUAUUUUGGGGGGAACUUUUCGUGGUUAAGAAAAAAAAAAGAGCGGAGCCAUGCUGGGUUUAAACCGGAUUCUGAGCCUCCGGGCUGCCCGGAUUCGGAGCUGCGGUUCGCCGGGAGCCAAACUCUCGACCCGGUCUUCUUCAUGCCAAAACCCCGGUGCCAGCUCGAGGAUUUACUGUGCGUGUCUGUUGCUGCUGCUGCUGGUGACGCCUCGGGUGGACUCGUCAUGGUGGUACAUCGGUGCGCUGGGGGCCCGCGUGAUCUGCAACAACAUCCCAGGCUUGGUGAAUAAGCAGCGGCAACUGUGUCAGCGCCACCCAGACAUCAUGCAGGCCAUCGGCGAGGGCACCAAAGAGUGGAUCAGAGAGUGCCAACAUCAAUUCAGACACCACCGCUGGAACUGCAGCACACUGGACCGCGACCACACCGUGUUUGGACGUGUCUUGCUACGGAGCAGUCGAGAAGCAGCAUUUGUCUACGCCAUCUCCUCGGCAGGAGUAGUGUACGCGCUUACCCGCGCCUGCAGCCAGGGGGAGCUGAAAACAUGUAACUGUGACCCACACAAGCGGGGACGAGCUAGCGACAAGAGAGGAGAGUUUGACUGGGGCGGCUGUAGUGAUAAUAUCAACUAUGGGAUCAAGUUUGCCAAAGCCUUCAUUGAUGCCAAAGAGAGGACAGUCCGAGAUGCACGAGCACUCAUGAACCUGCACAACAACCGCUGUGGCAGAACUGCAGUGAAGCGGUUCAUGAAGCUGGAGUGUAAAUGUCACGGUGUGAGCGGCUCCUGCACGCUGCGGACAUGUUGGAUGGCCAUGUCGGACUUUAGGAAGACCGGCGACUACCUGAGGAGAAAAUACAACGGGGCCAUUGAGGUGACGAUGAACCAGGAUGGGACAGGCUUCGCCGUGGCUAACAAGGCCUUCAGGAAGGCCACCAAGAACGACCUGGUCUACUUUGAGAACUCUCCAGAUUACUGCCUGCAAGACAAAACAGCAGGCUCCCUGGGCACGGCUGGGCGUCUCUGCAAUAAGACAUCACGCGGCACAGAUGGCUGUGAGGUCAUGUGCUGUGGGCGGGGCUACGACACCACGAGAGUCAAGCAAAUCACGAAGUGCGAGUGCAAGUUCAAAUGGUGCUGCGCCGUGGAGUGUAAGGACUGUGAGGAAGCUGUGGAUGUACACACGUGCAAAGCUCCCAAGCGUGCAGAAUGGUUGGACCAGACCUGAGGACACGCCCCCCCCACCCCGCCCCAUGUAAUGCAACCCCACCCCUUUUUCCCUGUUACGGGACAUCCUGUGGAACAUGGCAUUCUGGGAAAGUUUGUCCGAAAGUGCUCUGCGUCUCUGCCCUCCCCUGCCACCUCCUUGGUUCAUCAUUGCAUGGCUUUUAUACCUGUCUCUGUGAAAGCACUAUCGUUCAGUACCCAUCAAUAUGAAUUAACACCCUCUAAUACCUGUGUGUGAAUGGCCCUGCGACCGGACUGCUAGUGCAGCCGAACGGUAAACCCAGUGAACACUUUUGGGUUUGGGUGCACUGGACUUUUAUAUUGAAGACUCAGUCCAGUAGGGCUUUUUUUUUUCUAGUGUGUGGUACUGGGUCAAAAUGGUUUGCUGCGUUCCCCAAUGCUUAAAAACACAGUUUUACAUUAACUGAGCCUUAAAACAUAUCCAGUAUUAUUACAACAAUAUCCUAUACUCACAUAAUGUUCUUUUUUUUGGGUGGGGGUUAUGUUGGACUUUGGGAAGUAGCUUGACUAGCGCACUUUGAGAAGUGGACAUCUAAGCGGGAGUUUGGCGCUGCGUAGCCAAACAGAAGUCCAGGCAGAGGGGCAGAGGACGACCAGAGGACAGGGAGAAGGAUGAAUAAAUGAAUAAAUAGACGGAUGCGUCAUUGGGACAAAAAAAACAAAAGACAAGACGAGCUGUUUAAAGUGAUUUAUUUAAAAUGUUUAAAAAGUGUUGUUUCAUUUCUCAUUCGUAGAAGUGACUGCACUACAUUGGCUGACACGAGGAGAUUAUGAUUAUACGGUGUACUCUAGUUUUCAGUGUGUAAGAUGACAUCAUCAGCCAAGUUUCACUUCUCUACUCUCCGGCUUGCUUGUAUAACAUUGUGUAUAUUGCCUUAUCAAAACAGAUGUUCAUUUGAAAUAUAUGGCGCAUUAUUAUGACACUGGAAUGAUUGUUUUUUGUUCAGACAGGCAAACAUAGAGGUUGAAGGCAAAAAGAGACUAGAUGCAGACAGAGCAGAACUAAUCAGCGUGACC